AUGGAGAUCAACUCAUCUCAUAAACUCAUCUUGACCGAAGUGACGCCGGACAACAUCUAUGUACGCGGAGUUCGGCCCUGUUGGACCCAGCAGAAACAGUGGCUCUUCUCAAUCGCUGACCGAAUCGAGGUCCUGAGUCUUAGAAACGAAGCCGCCGAUUAUGAUCAGGCCAACUCGGGGAACAGCAGGCCUAACUUUAGGAUGGUAGAACCGAUGUGGCAAUGGACUCAGGGUAUGCCAUUUUCAGAAUUGGUGGAAAUCAGUCAAAACAUUCAAGAAAAACAGAAGCGAGAAGGUUCUCCAUAA